AUGGGAACUUCGGCGUCCCGCACUGUUGCCCCGCCGCCGCCGUCGGACAACAGCCUCCGCAGUGCUGAGCACGCGACAAGCAAUACCAACUCCAACAGUCCCUCUACUUCAAAUUUUACAAUGCAGACUCCUUCUUCCGAGUCGACCAAGACGUCGGAGUCGGCACCGACCGUCAUUCAUGGAUACACAUUCCCACAGGAUAAACUGAAGCGUCGGCUGCAGAAGCCCGGCCAGACGCCGCUGGUGCUGGUGGCCUGUGGCAGCUUCUCGCCUAUCACCAUCCUGCACUUGCAGCUGUUCGAGCUGGCCGAGCGUUACGUAGAGCGCAGUGACAAGUUUGAGAUUGUCGGGUGUUACGUUAGCCCGUGUAGUGAUACGUAUGGCAAAAGUUCUCUGGUCGCAUCGAGCCAUCGCAUAAAUAUGUGCAAAUUAGCCAUUGAGGAAAAUGGAAGCAACAUCAUGAUUGACGAGUGGGAAGCCGUGCGCAAAGACAGCGACGGUAGCCCGGUCUACACGCCGACAUCGGACGUGCUGCGGAGACUAGAUGACCAGCUCAAUAAUGUCCUGGGAGGUAUUGAGACGGCUGACGGAUCGUCAACCGUAAAAGCCAAGGUUAUGCUACUCAUGGGGGCUGACCUGGCCCAGACCAUGUCCGAUCCCAAUAUCUGGGCCCCGGCCGAUAUCGACGUCCUUCUCGGAUACUACGGUGGAUUCAUCGUCGAGAGACCAGACCAGUGCGAUAUAAACAAGGCCAUAGAGCCCCUCCGGAAGCAUCAGCCCCCCUACAACAUCUUCGUCGUGCCCUCGUUCCCCAACGAUGUCUCCUCUACAAAGAUUCGCGCUCAGCUGCGCAACGGCGAAAGAGCGCUCGACCUGCCCGAGUCCGUUUUUGACUACAUCCAAAAGCAUGGCUUGUAUCGGGAUUCGUAG